AUGACGGAAAAUUCACCGAAAGCAGAAUCAACAGAAUCGAAAUCGGAGGACAAUGUGAAAUCGCCUUUAGAUGAAGUGAAAGAAAUCAAAAAGGAAGCCGAGUUGGCGCAAACUGGGUCUGCUGAAAAGAAAGACGCCGAUCCAGAGUUCAUCACAGUACAAGAUCCGUCCGGAGAAGAACCAAUAGAACUUCCAACUGUUGAUGGAAUUGUUCUGAUGAGUACACUUCAGGCGUCUUUUCCCGGUGCUACUGGUCUGAAGUACAAAAACCCAAAAACUGGAGCUAAUCGAGCAGUUCAAGUAGAUCCAAGCGGUUUGAAACUGCUCGCUCCUACAGAUGGAUGGGAAAACAAAACAUUCCACGUUAUUAUCGCAUCUCAGAGCGAGAGAGUCAGAGCGUUGUCAUCAGCUGACGCGACGAGUGCGAAGAGACGUAAAGUGGGAUCGAGUGACGAUUCGGAUUCGGAUGACGGUCGUGACGGACGGUCCGGCAGGAAGAGAGCGGUUGAGAGAGAAAGUCAGCCAGUUGACCUCAUCGUGCUCGGUGUGGACUUCAAAACUGGCGACGAGUGCUUUCAGAAAUACUUCGAAGACAUAGGAACUGUUGUGUUCUGUGAGAUCAAACGAAAGUCGGAUGGCAGUUCAAAAGGAUUCGGAUUCGUCCGAAUGGCAUCAGUCGGUGAACAAAACAAAGUUCUUGCUAUUCCACAACACAUGAUUGACGGUCGACGUUGUGAUGUCAAGGUCCCAGAUGGCAGGGAUAAACAAGGUAGACCAUCCAUUAGUCGUAUCUUCGUAGGCAGACUUACGGACAAAGUUGACGAAAAUCAACUACGAAAAGUAUUCGGAGACGAGGCCAAAACAUACGUUGAAACUGCUGUUGUGACCGAUGUUUUUAUUCCGAAGCCGUUCAGAGGAUUUGCUUUCGUAACACUGUCAAGUGCAGAAGCUGCAGAAAGUAUAGUUAGCAAAGGAUCAUUGACGGUGAACGGAUUGUCUGUUGGAUUGAGCAUUGCUCAGCCAAGAGAAGAAAAUCAACCGUUUGGUCCAGAUUAUGGAUUGCCAGCCGGAUAUCGUAACAGAAGAGAUCGACCAGACCGAAGACCUCAAAACGAAUCACCUCUUCCUAUGCCCUUUGUUCGUCAAGAUUUUGGUUACCGGCCGCAGCAAUCAUCUCCUCUCGAUCGAAGAUACUGGUCUCCUGGAGACACCAGCCGUCCGCCAUGGUGA